UAUAUACGUGACUCCACGAGUAAACAGUAAUCACGUGACCCGGAAGCCGACAUCGACGAGCUAGCUAAACCACUAAGUAUUUAAAUUGUGACGACUAUGACGUAAGUCCUCGAAUUACCACAAUGCACCGCAACAAAAUGUCAUCUCCUUGGCUACGGCGUUGGAGGAGCUACGCCCCGCGAGAAAGGAAGGAGGCUUGGCCCCUGAAAGGACUUCAUUGUCGGCCGGGGUGAGCAUGUGUGCGGCCGCAGUGUGACUGUGUGAGCUCGGAGUUGGACCCCCCCCUGCCCGCCCCUCCUCCUUGAAGAUCCCAGGGAUUAGUUGAUGGGCGCACAUCGCCUCCUUCUCGGACUACAACUCCGCGACGUGGAAAGUCCAAAGCGUUGAAACAUGCUCCUCGUCAUCCCCGCCGCUUGGAAGUGGAGCCGGAAUUGGGCGAAAUUCGGAUAACAAGCACAAGAAGAGCGGAACUUUUCCCAGAUAUCCCCCCUCGACCCUUCUCUCCCCGCAUUGUUUCUGCGGUGAAAAUGCCUCCGCACCAGGGGCUCGGUCCGCUCCACUGCCCCCCCUCACUCACACAUGUGGUUGAAUGUUGAAGAAGUCAGGGAAGGAAUCGAACCUUGGCGACCGAACUGGAUAUCGUUUUUUUUCCUUUUUUUUUUUUUACAAUUUAUCUUCACUUUAGUUUCUAAGCUGUUGAACUGAUCGCUCCAACAUGGGGAACGCGGGGAGCAUGGACCAACACACGGAUCUCAGGGGCCACAAUAUGCCCCUAAAACUCCCCAUGCCGGACCCUGGGGAGCUGGAGGAAAGAUUCGCUAUUGUUUUGAACUCAAUGAAUCUUCCUCCGGACAAAGCUCGCCUGUUGCGGCAGUACGACAACGAGAAGAAGUGGGAGCUCAUCUGCGAUCAGGAGCGAUUCCAAGUGAAAAACCCACCUCACACUUACAUCCAAAAGUUGAGGAGUUAUCUUGACCCGGCAGUUACAAGAAAGAAAUUCAGGCGAAGAGUUCAAGAGUCCACCCAAGUCCUGAGAGAACUGGAAAUUUCACUGCGGACCAAUCAUAUCGGAUGGGUUAGAGAGUUCCUCAAUGAAGAAAACAAAGGCCUGGACGUGCUGGUGGACUAUCUUUCUUUUGCACAGUACGCUGUCACGUUCGAUGGAGAUGGCGGUGAAAACAAUUCAGAAGCCCUCAUAGACAAGACCAAACCUUGGAGUCGCUCCAUCGAGGACCUGCAUGGAGGAAGCACCAUGUCAUCCCCCCUCAGUGGGAACGGCAUCACCCGGGCGGGGCGACACUCAACAAUACGAUGUAACACAUUGCCCAGUCGUCGGACGCUAAAGAACUCCAGGCUGGUCUGCAAGAAAGACGACGUCCACGUCUGCAUCAUGUGCCUCCGGGCUAUCAUGAACUACCAGUACGGCUUCAACAUGGUCAUGUCCCACCUUAAUGCUGUGAAUGAAAUUGCACUAAGUCUCAACAAUAAAAACCCAAGAACCAAAGCUUUGGUAUUGGAGCUCCUUGCAGCAGUUUGUCUCGUGAGGGGAGGCCAUGAGAUCAUCCUUGCUGCGUUUGACAACUUUAAAGAGGUUUGCAUGGAGACUCAGCGGUUUGAGAGGCUAAUGGAGUAUUUCAAGAAUGAAGACAACAACAUUGAUUUCAUGGUGGCCUGCAUGCAGUUCAUCAACAUCGUUGUGCACUCGGUGGAGGACAUGAACUUCCGGGUUCAUCUCCAGUACGACUUCACCAAGCUGGGUCUGGAUGAAUUCUUAGACAAACUCAAGCACACAGAGAGCGAUAAACUGCAGGUUCAGAUCCAGGCCUACUUGGACAAUGUGUUUGACGUGGGCGCCCUCUUGGAGGAUGCCGAGACCAAAAACGCGGCCCUGGAGCGUGUGGAGGAGCUGGAAGAAAACAUGUCACAUUUAACAGAGAAGCUGCUGGAUGCAGAAAAUGAAGCCAUGUCCAAGAUUGUGGAGCUGGAGAAGCAGCUGAUGCAGACUAACAAGGAUCUAGAAGGCAUGAAGGACGCUUACAAAGACACGAGCGGGAAGCUGCACUCGCUAAGGCAGGUCCUAAAAGAGAAGGACGAGGCCAUUCAGCGACAGAGUCACUUGGAGAAGAAGAUCCACGAGCUGGAGAAGCAGGGCUCCAUCAGGAUCCACAAAAAGGGAAACGGCGACAUCUCCAUUCUGGCCACAUCACCACCCGGCGGUAUGGAAGGGUUGCCUGGCACCAGGGGAAAUGUUGGCCCCGUUGGAGACGCGGCGGGUGCCACCCUACCUCCACCACCUCCGGCCCCUCCAUUGCCAGAGAAUGGCACAUUAUCAAAUGGACCUUCAUCGACCACGCCUACUCCAGCAGCUCCUCCCCCACCACCACCGCCCCCACCUCCACUUCCACCUACAGGAGCCACUUCACACAUGUCAGCCCCCCUGCCGCCUCCGCCCCCCCCUGCAGCGCCUCCACUGCCCGGCUGUGGCACCCCCACUGUCAUCAUGAACUCCGGUUUAGCCGAGGGACCCAUCAAACUGUUCUCUGUUAAAAUCAAGAAACCCAUCAAAACAAAGUUCCGCAUGCCAGUCUUCAACUGGGUUGCACUGAAACCCAACCAGAUCAACGGGACAGUCUUCAAUGAGAUCGACGAUGAAAGGAUACUCGAGGACCUGAAUGUGGAUGAGUUCGAGGAGAUGUUCAAGACGAAAGCCCAGGGCCAGUCGAUGGAGUUCACCAUGAGCAAGCAGGUCAUUCAGAAAGGACCGAACAAGGUGACGCUGCUGGACUCCAACCGGGCGAAGAACCUGGCUAUCACGCUGAGGAAAGUGGGCAAGACGCCAGAGGAGAUCUGCAAGGCCAUUCAGUUGAUCGACCUGCGGACCCUGCCGGUGGACUUCGUCGAGUGCCUCAUGCGCUUCCAGCCCACGGAGAACGAGGUGAAAACAAUGCGUCAGUUCGAGAAGGAGCGUAAGCCAGUGGAGAGCCUGACGGACGAGGACCGCUUCAUGAUGCAGUUCAGUAAGAUCGAGCGGCUCAUGCAGAAGAUGACUAUCAUGGCCUUCAUUGGGAACUUCACAGAGAGUUUGCAGAUGUUAACGCCGCAACUUCAUGCAGUCAUCGCUGCAUCCGUGUCCAUCAAGUCGUCACAGAAGCUGAAAAAAAUACUAGAGAUUAUUUUAGCACUUGGAAACUACAUGAACAGCAGCAAAAGGGGCGCAGUCUAUGGAUUCAAGCUGCAAAGUUUAGACCUGCUGCUGGACACCAAAUCGACAGACCGCAAGAUAACGUUGUUACACUACAUCGCCAACGUGGUGAAGGAGAAAUACAGCCAGGUCUGUCUUUUCUACAACGAGCUUCACUACGUGGAGAAAGCUGCUGCAGUGUCGCUGGACAACGUCCUGCUGGAUGUGAAGGAGCUGCACAGAGGCAUGGAGCUGACCAAGAGAGAGUACAGCAUGCACGGCCACAACACCAUGCUCAAGGAUUUCAUCAUGCACAACGAGAGCAAGCUGAAAAAGCUGCAGGAUGACGCCAAGAUCGCACAGGAUGCCUUCGAGGAGGCAGUGAAGUUCUUUGGGGAGAGUUCAAAAACUACGCCGCCGUCCGUCUUCUUUCCUGUGUUUGUACGCUUCGUGAAGGCCUACAGGCAAGCUGAAGAGGACAACGAGCAGAAAAAGAGGCAGCAGCAGAUUUUGAUGGAGAAGCUUCUGGAACAGGAGGCCAUGAUGGAAGCAGACCAGAAGUCUUCGUCGCAUAAAAACAAAAGACAGCAACAGGAGCUGAUCCAAGAGCUGCGGAAGAAGCAAGUAAAAGACAGCCGCCACGUCUAUGAAGGCAAAGAUGGCGCCAUUGAGGACAUCAUCACGGUGCUGAAGACGGUGCCGUUUACCGCCCGCACCGCCAAGCGCGGCUCUCGGUUCUUCUGCGAGCCCGCCCUCAAUGAGGAGUACCAUUACUAAGCUUGUAGAACGCUCUCUUCUUCCCUUCCAAAAAAAAAAAAAAAGGUUGCUGGAACACGUCGUCCUUCUCUCUCUCUCUCCCCACUUUGUCCUGGAAUAAUAACUUUGCACGCUUUCUAACUUCUUGUGGGGUUGCCAACACAUAAACCACACUUGCCCGAGUGAAUGUGUGUUUAAUCACCUUUCUCGACCUCCUAAGCAUGACCAGGUGUUGGCGUGGGGCCACCUGCAUGGAGUUCUGACCCCGCCUUUAACAAUCAUCAUUUCAUCAUGUAGCUUUUUCCUCAGAGGUGACUUUUCUCUGCUGACUGUACAAGAAAAACUGCUGCUGGCUUUUAUAACAGCAAGCUCUGACGUUUAGCUACAUGCUGCCAUCUAGUGGAUGUGAAUGGAAAGCCACCCUACAGACAUACUAGACCAGGGGUCACCAACACGGGGCCCGCGGGCACCAGGUAGCCCGUAAGGACCUGAUGAGUCGCCCGCUGGCCUGUUCUAAAAAUAGCUCAAAUAGCAGCA